AUGGCGCCAGGUGCAUUAGCCGUUGGUUCGGGCGUUAGCGCCGCAUCACUUUCAUCUUUGGCACCCGCUUGGCCCAUGAUGAAACGUGGAGGCACAACCUUGGCGACGUCGAGUGCAUCUUCGUCCGACUACCAGAUCUUGCGUGUGUCGUCCCAAAUGAACGAGCGCGGCGAUUUCAACGGCACAUGUACAAAGGAACAUGCCAUGACCAUCACACCAGAAACACCCGACGGUAGCUGUACUUCCUACUUUGCCGACGUCACGGACUACUGCUGCGCGGCCGUAGGAGGCAUCUACAACGCGACAUUUCAGGCUGUCAACGUGUCGGAACCGCAGGCGGUUGCACUCGAUCAUCCGAUCUGCGCCACGUCCAACUAUGCGGACAUGUUUUCGUGUUACCAGUACGUUACGGAGACGCACUGCUCUUCGACAACACCGGUUCCUUACGGCGUAUGCAACCGGAAUGGACCGGAUACCAGCCGAGCUGUCAAUCACGCUACCUCUUCUGCUACUCGCACCCCACCACGCUCAAGCUGGCGUUGGAGCGUGGCUCUCGGUGGUCUUGUUGCAUGCUCAGCGAUACAGCUGCUGGCAUCGUGA